GUUGAUGGCUGCCGGGUAAGUAUCGCCUUGAGAGGCGGUGAGGCCUAUGUGUACGCAACGAACAGCAGCAACGAUGCAGAUCGUGCCGAAGCCCUGCAGAGCUACCUGCUGCGGGCCGCGGACAAUGCGUUGGCGCGAUCCAUGAACUGUGGCGGACCAUCGGGUGCAUCUUUCAACCAGCAUGAAGUCAUGCCCCGAGUGCCUCUGGGCGUCAGAAGCCAGACAGUGCACAUGCCAAGCUCUGGCAAUCCGUAUGCAGGGGUGCUUGUUCGAGCACCCGACGGCGGCAGCUUCCUGUUGGGCAGCUCCUUCUACAGCCAGACGAGCGUGUCUGAGUCGAAACCCCAACACAUGGAGGCUCUCCAUCUGAUGCAGACGCAGCCCACAGCGCAGACGCAGUCACUCUCGCAGCUGCAGAGGUCUCAUGCGCUGCAUGGCUCCUUUUUCCUCUCCCACGACCAGCUGGAGAGAGCUCAUGGCGUGAACCUGCGGAGCCACGCAACGUCCUCGGCACCCUUGAACGCUGGCUAUCCAUUCCCGGCUGCCCAGGUGCCAGGGACUUUCUACGGCCAUCCAGCCUUCGUGGCUGUGUCCGGCUGA